AUGGUAAAGCCACUACCCAAAAAGUUCAAGAUGCCACGCCUAACAACUUAUUACGGGAAGGGGGACCCUUAUGACCAUAUGCAAAACUAUGAGGCAGUGAUGCUUCUCCAUGGAUGGGAGGACGCAAUCAUGUGCAGAGCAUUUCCGCUUACUUUAACAGAGCAUGCACGCAUAUGGUUUAAUAAUCUGAAGGAAGGAUCAAUUUCAAACUUCAAUCAGUUGAGGAAGGAAUUUAUAGAUGGGUUCCUCAUUAAUGCUAGGAGAAAGAAGGACGCUUCGUAUCUUCUGACCAUUAAACAAGAAGAGAAAGAGAGCCUGAAAGACUAUGUUGAAAGAUUUCGUGCCGCUACCUUAGAAGUACAGGAUCUUCAAGCCACAGUGGCCGUCUCAGGAAUGCUUCAAGGGACAAGGUCAAGAGAUUUUCAAAAAUCCCUUUCCCUAGAUCAACCCCUCACUCUUGGAGAUCUGUUCAGUCGAGCUAAUAAGUUUAUCCUUUCGGAAGAUGUUAUGAGGCACAUCAAUUCGGAAACGAGAGAUAAGAAAAGAAAAGAUAGAGAUGAAACGAGCGAUGAAGGAGAAAGAGCUGGAAGGGAAAUGAACACAGACAAGUUCCAAAACUCAAAUUUGAGAACUUUUACACCAUUAAGCCAACCACGUUCUACCAUCCUAGCAAGUAUAGAAGGAUCCGGGCUCCUCACCUUUCCUCCUAAGGCAAACAAGACAAUGGGCAAGUUUACGGGGACGCAUACUGCGGGGUUUCACAAAACCCAUGGACACUCAGUCGAUAGAUCGCAGAAGGCGAUGAAUGAGAUUGAAUCUCUAGUGCGCCAAGGAAAGCUUAACAGAUUUGUCUACUCAGAAGCAUGGAGAAACGAGAAACCGACUUACUCAAAAAAGGAAAGAUCUGAAGAUAACAGGGGGAUGAAGGAUAAAAAAGACUCCAAGACGAGGGAGAAAACCCCCACUUUAGAUAACAACCCAUCUCACCCAGCAAUACAUGUUAUCAUCGGGGGUGAAACCUUAGCAGGUGAGACCUCUUCAUCAAGGAAAGCUUAUGCAAGGCAAGCUUAUGAAGUUAACAACAUCAUGAAAACACAAGAGAAUGAAGAACCUAUCACUUUUACUUCCGAAGAUCAAGGAGAUGUAGUCAUGCCCCACGAUGAUGCAAUGGUUAUUUCCGCAACCAUUAUGAAGUUCCCGAUGAGAGAAUUCUCAUUGAUAAUGGGAGCUCUGUAA